AUGGAAUCUUCCUCAAAUGAUGUCCAACUCAAGGACCGUAAUGCAUUGGUUCUAUACGGUUCAGAGACCGGCAAUGCCCAGGACAUUGCCGAGGACCUGGGCCGUGCAGUCGAGCGUAUGAGGUUCAAAACCACAGUGGAGGAGAUGAAUGCGGUCGAACUUGCAAGUACACCCCCCUAUCGGGAUAUCGACACCGUAUACUUGCCAUGGAAACAAAGUCUACGCUCGCAUCUCAUGUCCCAGUACCCUCUUCCCGAAUCUACAGAACCCAUAUCGGAUGAUGAGCCGUUACCGCCUCGCUUCGUGUUGUCGAUCGAUGAUAUCAAAGGAGCCACAGCCACAUCAUCUCUGACUUCCACCACAUCAGAAGACCCUCCAUCCAGCCUUCUGCCGAUAGAAGAAGCAAGAGAAGCUAUCAUCCAGAGCGCAUCCCGCGUCACCCCUAAUGAUCACUGGCAGGAUGUGCGCCUUUUCAGCAUGGACAUGGACGAACCUGCCGAGCCGUUGCUGCCUGGUGCGACGCUUAUCGUAUACCCCAAGAACUUCAAGGCUGAUGUUCAGACACUCAUCGACCAGAUGGGAUGGCAGGAUCAGGCCGAUCUGCCUGUGCAUGCAACCAAAGUACCAAAGGAGCUGGAGUGGUGCACUAAGCUCGAAGUCUGCACCCUACGCGACCUACUUAUUCACGGGUUGGACAUCACCGCAGUUCCAAGACGCGGCUUUCUCGAGAAACUCUUCUUCCUAGCCACAGAUGCGGAUCAGCAAGAACGGCUGAAGGAGCUUAUAGACCCAAGCGGAUCCCAAGACUUUUACGACUACACCACUCGCCCACGCCGCACCAUCCUCGAGAUACUUGGAGACUUCCCCUCGGUCAAGAUCCCGCCCAGCUCUGCCGUGGACGUCUUCCCCGUCAUCCGCGGCAGGGAGUUCAGCAUAGCAAACUGCGCCUCGCGGCUCGCGGUCCCCGAUGACCAAAGCACCCAGGCACAACCCACGCGGAUCCAUGUCGAGAUCCUCGCGGCCAUGGUAGAGUACCGCACCAUCAUCCGCAAGCCGCGCGUCGGUCUCUGCUCUCGCUACCUCAAGAGCCUCGGUGCCGGCGCCCACAUCAACGUCGGCCUCAAGCAAGGGUCCGGCAUGCAACGGCUCCUGACCCGACCGGUGAUCGCCGUCGCGACCGGGACGGGCAUCGCCCCGAUCCGCAUGCUCCACCAAGCGCGCGCCAACGCCACAAGCCCGACGCCGCCCGGCGAGAUGCUCCUCUUCUUUGGCUGCCGCAGCCGCAAGGUCGAUUACUACUUUGCCGACGAGUGGCGCCGUGCCGGCGACGGCCUGACCGUGAUACCGGCCUUCUCGCGCGACACAGAUGCCCUCAUUGACAUGGCCAAGACGGUGCAGCUGGGCGGUCAGGACGAGCCACCCCCAACGGCGGGGAUGCCGCUGCCGCCGUCGUUGUCGGCGUCCACUGCGGGGCUCGACAUGUCAGAGACGGGUAUGCUCCGCCGGCGCGAUGCCGGCAAGAACUACGUGCAGCAUCACAUCCGCCGCCAUGCAUACAAGGUGGCGGCCAUGAUUCGCGCCGGGGCGGCGGUCUGCGUGUGUGGCAGCUCCGGCACCAUGCCCAAGGCCGUCCGCCUCGCGCUGGAGGAUGCUCUCGUCGCUGGAGGGCUUUGCGCAACCGCUGCCGAGGCUGAGGAGUACCUGACCACGAGGGUUGAAAUUUGGCAAGAGACGUGGUGA